AUGGGUGGUAUUACACAAAAAAUGACUGAUACAGUCAAACAUGCAACUCAUUUAGAACCACCAGGUAUACAAGCUGUUGCUGUACUUUCUGAUCCGAAUAGUGGACAAGUUUAUGGUCAUGUUGAUUUUGUUCAAGCAAAUGAUGGUACAGUAACUGUUAAUGGUGAAAUUAAAAAUAUACCGAAUGCACAAAAACGUGGUUUUCAUAUACAUGAAUUUGGUGAUACUACAAAUGGAUGUACUUCAGCUGGUGCUCAUUAUAAUCCAGACAAUAAUGAACAUGCUGGUCCACAAGAUCAACUUCGCCAUGUUGGCGAUCUUGGCAAUAUCAUUGGUGGUUCUGGCAAUGUUGCUAAAUUUAAUUUUAAAGAUUCAGUUAUUAAAUUAACUGGUCCAACAUCGAUUAUUGGACGUUCAAUUGUUGUUCAUGAAAAAGAAGAUGAUUUAGGUCGUGGUGGUACACCAGACUCAAAGAAAACCGGAAAUGCUGGUGGUCGUAUGGCUUGUGGUGUAAUUGGUUUAAAAAAGACUUAA